UCGGGAGCAAGUCGGACAAGAACCGACGGGAGCACCGAGCGUCGCCGGAGCGUCGCAGGAAGUUAAGCACGUUGAAGAGAAUCUUACCCCCCCGGACCGGGCUCCUCCAUGUAGGCAGCUGUUACACGACCUCCUCCUGGGCGGUCGAGGGGAUGUGGGAUUCCUAUCUGUGACCCAGAGGCCUGGCAUGCUGACAGAGGGGUGAUGGGAAAGUUUUUUACCUGCUGCAACAACAAACCCACCGGCUCCAGCUGAGAUGUCCCCAGGUGCAUGGAGUGAAAUGUGGAUGAGAGUGUGAGCCAGGGGAAUUCAACAUUAGAGCCAAGAUAUCCCCCGUGCACGGAGCCAAAAAGAAAUCUUUUUCUAGUUUACACACACACACACACACACACAAAAACGCAGCCGUCACAAUGCUGAUGCCAGGACCACUGUGGGUGUGCCUGGCACUGACGUGGGUCUGUGGACGCUGCAGGGGCCACAGCCUGUUCACCUGCGAGCCCAUCAGAGUGCACCGCUGCCUGGGGAUGCCCUACAACAUGACCUUCUUCCCCAACAUGAUGGAGCACUACGAUCAGGAUAUCGCCGCCAGUCACAUGGAGCCGUUCAUGCCCCUGGCGACCCUGCGCUGCUCUCCAGACGUCCACCACUUCCUCUGUCAGGCCUUCAUCCCCACGUGCACCGAGGAGAACAGGGUGAUCCGUCCCUGCCGAGAGCACUGCGAGGCGGUGCUGUCCGACUGCGAGGAGAAUAUCCGCGUCUUCGGCAUCGCGUGGCCCCUCGAGCUGCAGUGUGACAAGUUGGACCCAUGCAGCUCAGAUGAUGGUUCGUCUCUUCCCGCGACCACGCCGGUGCUCUCGUCCUCCUCGGCCCUGAGGGACCUGGGCUUCUGGUGCCCUCUGCAGUUAAAGACCAAGCCGGGUCACGGUUCCUCGUUCCUGGGCGCGCAGGACUGCGCUCCGCCUUGCACCAACAUGUACUUCAAACCCCACGACAUCGAGUUUGCCAAGAGCUUCGUCGGCGUGUGCUCCAUCAUCUGCCUGUGCGCCACUCUCUUCACGUUUCUCACUUUCCUCAUCGACGUCAAGCGCUUCCGCUACCCCGAGCGGCCCAUAAUCUUCUACGCCGUCUGCUACAGCUUCGUCUCGCUCAUCUACUUCGUCGGCUUCUUGCUGGGCAACAACGCGGCCUGCGCCACGGCGGCGCACCCGGCGGGCGUGGACACGGUGGUGCUGGGCUCUCAGAGCAAAGGGUGCACUCUGCUCUUCAUGCUCCUCUACUUCUUCUCCAUCGCCGGCCUCGUGUGGUGGGUCAUCCUCACCAUCACCUGGUUCCUGGCGGCCGGACCCAAGUGGAGCUGUGAGGCCAUAGAGAAGAAAGCGGUGUGGUUCCACUCUGCCGCCUGGGGGAUCCCCGGGGCGCUCACUGUCAUGCUGCUCGCUCUGAACAAGGUGGAAGGGGACAACAUCAGUGGCGUUUGUUUCGUGGGCCUCUACGACCUGGACGCGCUGCGCUACUUUGUCCUGGCCCCGCUGUGCGUCGGCGUCGUGGUCGGCCUCUUCCUCAUCCUGGCGGGCAUCGUCUCCCUCAACAACGUGCGGCAGGUCAUCCAGCACGACGAGCGCAACCAGGAGAAGCUGAAGAAGUUCAUGAUCCGCAUCGGCGUGUUCAGCUGCCUCUACCUGGUCCCGCUGGUCACGCUGUUGGCCUGCUACACCUACGAACAGAGCCACCGCAGCGCCUGGGAGACCACCUGGAUCAACGACCGCUGUCAGGAGUACAGCAUCCCCUGCUCCUACAAGACGACAGAGCCCGACCGUCCCGACCUCUCCCUGUUUCUGGUGAAGUACCUGAUGACACUGGUGGUUGGAAUAUCCGCGGUGUUCUGGGUCAGCAGCAAGAAGACGUGCUCCGAGUGGGCCUUCUUCUGCAACAGGACCCGCAGGAGAGAUCCCAUCAGCGAGAGCCGGCGCGUGCUGCAGGAGUCCUGCGAGUUCUUCCUCAAGCACAACAGCCGCGUGCAGCACAAGAAGAAGCACUACAAGCCCAGCUCCCACAAGCUCAAGGUCAUCUCCAAGUCCAUGGGCACGAGCACGGGCACGGCCGGCGCCCCCGCCGGCGCCAACACAACCAGUAAAGGAACCUCUGCGCUGGGCAACCACGACCCCCAUGCGCAAGGCUCCCUGUCGGAGGCCUCGGCCAGGGAGCACCUGGACAGGGGCAACUUGGGCCGGAGCUCCAGGAGGGGGGAGAGGGAGCGGGAGCGGGGGGGGAGACGCAGCAAAGGCGGGAGCUCCAGUAAGGUCAGCAGCCACUCAGAGAUCAUGCACCCAGAUGGGAGGAUGAGUUCGAGGAGCGAGCUGUCGGAGGCCAGGCAGGUUCCCAGCGCACAGCAGCAUCCAGCUCUAAACCAGUCGCUCGGCGGCAGCAGCAGCGUCGUCCAGGACUCCGCCCACCACCUGGUGCACCAGGUGCAGGAGGAGAGCAAGGACACGAAGGACAGUGGCUGCUGAGAAAUGUCGCCAAGACCAUCCAUCCAUCCAUCCAUCCAUCCAUCCAUCCAUCCAUGAUUCAACUGAGAAGACAGUCACACUUGAUGCUGGUUGAUGUUUUUACCCAUUUGUCAUCAUAUAAUCUCCAUAUAUCAGAUUAUGAUGAUAUAUCGGUUGCAUUACAGUUAGUUAAUAAUGUAACAUACCUUGAUGUAUUUCAAAUGUCUCAUAUGAUUUUAGUUUUGUUACUUUCAGCUUUACUGAGCUUUUAGCCUCAACACCUGAAUGUCGCAGCAGUGCAGCUCUGUCCCAACAACACAACCUCCAGUUUGAUUUUUAUUGCAUGCAUUAGGGUCUAAGGCAUAUUAGUAAACUAGUACUAGUAAACAAAAGCAAUAUUUUUGUACAUAUUUUUUUUAGAAAGUCUUUGACUGGACCAGUCGUUACACUGAGAGUUUUUGUGAGAAAGAUGAUGAUGAUGAUGCCAAACACUCAGCAUGAGGGGAGUCGUCCUGUGGUUAACUUGUUAUUGAAUGUCUUAUUGUUCUUAAGGUGGUUUGUCUUGAAACCUCGUCUUGUAAUACACACAGUUCUUUUGUUCUCCUUCGAAAAGAGGCAUACUCUUAAACUUGAUUUUUUUUUAAAUGUACUUUCAUGCUCUGUUUACUUCCGUUUUUCCUGAUGUGAUUCCUGAUUUUCAUGUGAAUUUGUAUCGAGUAAUUCUUUUCUUUUUUAGCUUCAUAGUGUUCUAAAAGAAUGUGCCUUCCUUUGAGCUGUUCCUCGUCUUCAAAGAACCCUGCAGAUGUUUCGCAUGUGUGGUGUCUACCUGUGUUCUCGUCCACGGGCGUGAAAGCCUUAUGAUCUUCUAGGAAAAAAAAUCUAACGGGCUUUGCACUAUUAUUCAGCACAGAAGCACAAACCACUAAUUAUAAACGUAUGAAUAGUCGUGGACAUGUGAAAAGAUUUUGGGGGAUUGUUCAGGUCUUAUUUAUAACACAUGGGUCACGGACCAUAUAUCGCUCCUUAGACAUUUUCUUUUUCUACAACUGGUUUUAUUGGAACGUCUGUCAUGUUGUCCUAUUUUAUUGAAUUCACCUUUUUUAUAUUUGGUAGUCACGUGACAGGUCCAGUAAAACUAAUUAAAAGGGAAUCCUUGUAUAUAUUCUUAUAGUCUGGCAUGUUCUUACUCAUGAUGUACCAAGAUUUAGUGUGUGGUUUCAUGAAAUGAUCUUCACCAGAGGGUUUUUUUAGUGUGACACUUGGGGCCUCCCCUGAGACCAAGCUCUCGCUCACUCUCACGAUGGUUAUGAUAUUUGAUAGACGCUCAACAGUUGAGAAAAGUCAGCCUGACACUGCUGUAUGACCAGGCUACACUAGAUACAUGACGAAGCUCCGUCCAAAGGCAUUUAUUAGUCUCUUGACUAAUGAUUGGGGGGGGGGGGGGUGACGUAGGGAACCAUUGUGGUGCCAGUAAUAUAUUGUGCCAGAACACAGAUGGUGCCUGGACUGGCAGACAAAAACAAGAUUGAAAUUGUGAAAAACAUCAUUACUCAUACAUCGUACAAACCUUGCUUUUGGUUCAAUUAAUAAAAGUGAGAUUAAUAUUAAAAAAA